GUUCGAAGUUAUUAAACAAUGGAAAAAAAAUUAACAGAUCUGGAUAAAAAACUGUCAAUCUGGUAGAUUACACAUGGCCAAUAGAAUGAUGACCGCAUAAUUUAGAGUUACUGCAUUUUAGUCGCAAUGCUUAUCAAAUUCAAAAGUCUUGUGUAUCAUAAGAUCAGUGAAAUUGUACAAAUUUCUCCUCAAUGGGUGGCUUUGAACUUGCAUAUUGUGUUCAAAAAAUUUCAUACGUCAUUCAAAUGGGUUAUAUUAUGGCACUUCUCCAAAAUUCAUCCUCAUUAUUAUUUGGUUUUGGCCGUAUUCUUUACUAAAUUGGUCUUUUUUAUUUCUCAAGAAACUGAACACUUUAUUCUUGUAUAAUAUCAGGAAUAUCACUUAAUUAAUAAUUUUAAUCUUUGGCUCUUUCUUUCUUUCCGCUUUUAUUUUUUUUUUUUUUCUAUACCAGUAUCUACCAGCUUGAUGCUGCAAUCGACAUCAAUGGGUCGUUCACUUGAAAAUAGAUUUGACAAACAGACCGAAAGUCAAGAACCUUUCAAACCUGGAACGACCUUUUCAAUCGAAAAGGAAACUCCCAAUAGCCAAAUUAGUUCGGACAUAGAGUUGGAGGUAAAGAAACCUCCAGUUUCCGAAAAGUCAGAACAUACAAAAAGCGAAAGGAAUGGUAUUAAACCUAAAGCAACAAAUUCUUGGAAAAAUAAUGUUGAAGAAGAAGUACAAAACGGCACAACUAAAGAAACUAAUGGAAACACAACACAACCUGUCAGUGGUGAUUCUCCGGACACCAAAACAAUUGAUAAGUCUGAUAGUCCUAUGACGCUCUCAACACCCAAUGAUUCGUCCGAAAUGGGUUCACUAUCAGAAUCACCACAAGAUGAUACCAAAUCCAAGGCUCACAUAGUUCCAACUACGUCCGAAGAUGAAGUGCACACAAUAAAUGAAAAUGCAGAAAAUAAUAAUAGAGCUAGAAAAAAACGACGCUAUGACACUAGAGUUGAAAAUGGGAAUGAAGAAAACGGUUCCAUGCCAAUAGGAAAUAAUAAGUCAGGAGCCAGACGAAAAUGAAAAACCUCGAGCCGAAGUACAGAGUGAUAUGAAAAAAGUAGAAAUUGAAUUUGCGCAGAUGAGAGACCAUAUUUUUGUGUUAGAUUUUAUCGUGAACAAAUUGGAGAAUUAGAAAAGGAAGUCGACA